CGCAUGAUGGACCAUUACUAUAACACGCUCCGGGACGACCUGAUGUACAUGACCUAUCUGCACGAACCCGGUCCUCGCAAACCACCCCGGCAGAUUCGCCUUAAGUACGACCCUGAGGACCCGUACACGAAGAACCGCGUCAAUCCACCUGUGGGCGGCUCGCAAGUUGGCCGUAAGCCGGCGCCGCCGACGUCCUGGGACAACGUCGUCCAGCUUGAGCGAAUACAGAUCCAUACCAUGGUGAAGGAGGCAUUGUCAAGCCGCGUUAACCUGUUGGGGCCGAUCAUGAUGCUGCGGGCGCUGUCCGGGGAGACGCAGUACGGUGGGGGGAGGCAUACGAGCGAGGGUGUGCAGGUUGUGCGGGGCGUGAAGACUGUGGGCGGGUGGAUCAGGCCUGGCCUGCCGGUCGGCGCGAAGGUCGACCUGAAGGGCCCGAAGAUGUACGAUUUCCUCGGUACGCUCACCGAAUUCGUCCUUCCACGCUUGCGCGAGUUCCCCGGCUUCGUGAUGCCUGCUCCCUCUGCGCAGCACUUCACCCCGAGCUCCGUCUCUGGUGUCAUUUCCGUCGGGUUACCCCCAGAAGCCAUGGGCUUGUUCCCCCAGAUAGAGGUCAAUUUGGAUGCUUACCCAGGGACCUACGGCAUGCACAUACACUUCAUCACCAACGCUGAAGGGCAGGGUGCUCAAAAUAAAGCGAGAGCUUUACUUUCUGGACUUCAAGUUCCAUUU